AUGAAAUUAUAAACAAGUAAUAGUUAAGAAUACUUGAGUUCUAGACCAUUUGAAACAAAAUAAUCAAAGAAUAUAUUCACUAUAAAUGAUUCUAGAUAUAAACAUAUAAAAAACUUAGAAAAAAAAAACAAAUAAUUGACAAAUAAAUUAGUUGAUUUACAAACAGAUUUAGCAUAAAUAGAUGAAUUCAAAAUAGCAAUUUCUUUAGAUAGACCUCCAAUGAAAAGUACAAGAGCUUUGUUUUUUAGUACAAAUGAUGUAAAGAAAGGAAAGUUACAAUUAGAUUCUUAAGAACAUAAUGAUGAUUUUCAUCAAAGAAGAAUAGAAAUAAUGAAAGCACAAUUAUUAAAAUAAUAAAGAUAUAUUAAGCGUCUCACAACAAUAUUACAAACUACUAGGAAAUUCUAUGAAGAUCUUAAAGAAUAUAUGGUAAUAGAAACAAUGUGAUAUUUUUAGUAAUAUUUUUCUUCAGUUUUAAGGUAAUCAGCUCAAGGUAAUGAUUAUUAUAUGGUUGAAUAAAAGGAAACUAUAACAUCUUAAUAAAUUAUUUAAUCUCCAACAAAUAAAGAUAUGCCAAAUUAAAAUGAAGACAUAAAGUAAUAGAAGAUUUAGAUUUAAAAAAAGGUAUAAUUUACUUUAGAUGAUUCUUUUGAUAGGUAAUAAGCUCAAAGCAAGGUUUAAAGAAUUACAAAAGAUAAAGAGUUUAUGGAAGUGGCUGAAAAGUAGUAGUAAUAUAUUUCAUUAAAGAAUUUAUUAUAAUAAUUCAAAAGUAAUGAAGACAGAGAAAACUUUAUAUAAACAUUCACAUAAGCAUAUCAAAAGAUUAUUGAUUUUGAAAGAGGUAAUCAAGAUUAUAAAAAUUUAUUGGAGGUAUAAUAAUAAGGAAAGAAUAGAAAAGUGUUUUAUAAACAUCCAAUGAGAUCUCUUAUUUAGAGAUAUGGUCAAUUCUUUCCUGUUAAAAGUAUUUAUACUGCAUUUCCCAUGAAGGAUAGAGAAAGAUUGGAUCAUUUUUUAAUUUCUCUUGAAGGAAUGAGUUCUUAAAUAUAAAGAGAUUUAUAAAAAGCAGAUGCAUUCUGGUUAUUCAAAUCAAAUCCAUUCUUUUUUAAAUCAAAUGAUUAUCGAUAAUGUAUAGAAUUACCUGUUCAAAUAUUGGAAGAACCAUAAUUAUUUGAUGAAUUCUUAGCAGAGCCUGAAAAACAUAGAGUUAUUAAUUUAGAUUAGAUUAUGUUAUCAAACUUAGAAAAAGAUCUUUUACAAUUAAUGGAUAAUUUGAUGGAAUUAUAAAAGAAAUUUUAGAGUGAAUGCUAUUAAUUACAAUUUCUAUAAAAACCUUAAAUAUCUAAGAUAUCCGAUUAAUUAAGAAAAUCUUUGGAAAGUUUAGUUUGUUUAUCAAGUAUGAUUGGAAACAAUAAUUUAUAAACAAUAAAUAAAAUGUAUGUUAUUGGUUAAAAGGAUGCUUACUUAUAUUCACAUUAGAUUUUUAGUCAAAAUGAUUUUGAUUCUAAAUAUUAGAUGUUAGAAUUAUUAUUAAGUGAUUUAUGUUCAUUGGUUUAAGUGAACGAAAUGAUAAUAGUAAAGAAAUCUUUAAUGAUGUUAAAGAGUAUUAAAAAUAUAUAUGAAAUUUAAAAAAUGAUUACAAUAAUUAGAGAAUCAGAAAUAGUUUUAUUAAGAUAGAAAAUUGAUUUAUUAUUAUAGGAUUAUUAAGGUGUGAAUACAUUUAUAGUAAAUGCAGAAUAGUAAGUCAAGGGAUUUUUUAAUUCAAUUGUAAAUAAAUUUGCUUAAGUGAAUAAUACUUGUAAUGUAUUCUUAGAGAAUGAAAAGAUAAUAGAUGCAUAAGUUAGAAAAUAGUUUGGAUAGAAUCUUAAGAAAUAAUUAAAAGAUAUAACAGAUUAUAUAGCUGGAUUAACAUAGAUUGAAAGAAAGGAAAAUUGCAUAAAUAUAAAAUAAUUAUAAUAAGAAUUUGAUAAAAAGGUGAGUACAUUUUAUGUAAAGAGUGAACAAUUGUAAAGAAUGAAUGAGUAAAUAUCUAAGAGAUUAUAAUGA